UAUGGUCUGACAUUUAGCCUCCUUCCCAGCAGUCAGGCUGCCUUGUUCUAUAUGGUCACAGAGAUACACUGUUUCCUGCUGGAUGAAGACUCCAAUUCCCUGCAUCCUUUGCCAGGGCAUGAAUGGAGAAUAAAUAUAAAUGGAUGGAAUAUUCCUUAAAGCAGACGGCAGAGCUUGGUCUGGAGGUUCUAGAACGAGCCAAGCGGAGGGAAGUGAACUGGUCCGUCUCCUGCAAACAUGGACGGCAAAUGCGACAGGAGCAGAUGUCACCAGAGCAGGACAAGCCUUUAGAUGAGCGUGAAUGUCUGGAGGAAGCAUUUUCCGCCAUGGCCAAAUUCAUGCGUCACACGACGGAGCAGUGCGAGAGAUACCAUAAUUGUGUCCCUGCAAUUAAUAUGAGGACGCAGGAAAUAGAUCACAAAUGCAGAUUCCACAGCCCAAACCCAAUGCACAGAGAUCUGAAUCUGGUUUCGAAUCAGAAUUUGGCAGCGGGUACCCCCCAGUCUCUUCGACGGCAGACGACCCCCCGAGAUGUCAAUAUCGAAGUUGCGCCUGGAACGUACCGUAUCUCAGGAGGUUCUUACGAUUCUGAGAGACAGACUCACUUUGUAAACAUUCCACCCGGACACAGCGUGGAUCUAACCUUUAACUUCUGAUUUAUUGUAAACAAAGAUUUAAAAAUAGACACUGGUCGUUAAUGUAAACAGCGGUGGUUUCAUGGGUGUGACAAUCUCAGGGGCAUGGCAAAAAUGGCUCUUUAAGAGACACUCUAGUCCCACUUACGCUUGCUGAAGUGCUUUAGGGGUUAACUGUUAAUAUAAUAUUCAAGAGAAAUAUGCACUUUUCUCAGUCCCCUUUGUAGCAAGCAUACAGCCCAUAGGGUUUUCUUCCUCGCGGUUUGAACUGCUCUCUAUGAGAAGCAUCAUAGGCAGGUCGCCAAGAUUGUGGCGCAUGCGCCAUGUGUUCCCGAUACUUCUUCAUGAGAAGCAUCUGAUUGCACACAUGUCAUCACUAAUGAUGACUGUACAGGAGGGCGUGUUAGAGCGAGGAGAAUCUCCCAGUGCUGGAAUAAAGGUGAAUUGACUUGAUUUUUAACCCUUUAAAUCACAAAAUGCCCAGUAAUCUAAUCA